UGAUGACCAGCCUAAUUUACCCAGGAGCUUUUUAACCCCUUAUUCUCUGGCUGACAGAUCCUCUUUAAGUCUACUGGUUUUUCAUGUGAAGGUGUCCGUAACCGAUAAGGGGUGUCUGGUCCGAUCACUGCCGCUGUGCAGAUAGAGAAGGUUUCCUCCUCAUUAACCCUUCAUCUCCUGGGAACACUCACUGACUGGUGAAAUGUAGCAGUGCUCUGCUGUGUGAGGUCAUUGUAUUAUUCUUCUCUCUUCUUAGUUGAAGCAGGAUUCCCGACCGAGUGCGCAGAAGAGAGCAGGGCCAGAGGAAAGAUGUCACUGAGCGCCCACAACUCCUCUAUGCUCCUUCUGUCGCCCUUCGGGUCGUCUCUGUGCACUCAGGAGCUGACGGAUGCGGAGAAGGUGUUUGCGGAAUGUCAGCAGGAGAGGCCGGUCCCCUUCCAUCAGUGCCUGACCCCGGGUCAGCUCAGCCGCUGCCAGAAGGUGGGAGAAGGGGUGUACGGGGAAGUGUUCCGCACCCUUCGCGGGGGGCAGCACGUGGCCCUUAAGGUCAUCCCCAUAGAAGGUCCCCAGAAGGUUAAUGGGGAGAAUCAGAAGAGUUUUGCAGAAAUUCUCCCAGAAAUCAUCAUCUCUAA